AUGGCUCACCAGCUGCUGAUAAUAGUAUCGGACGGACGAAUUCAAGAGAAUGUAGGUCGGGUCAAACCAUACGUCAAGUUGGCCACGGAGAGAGGAAUAUUUAUCGUCUUUAUAAUCGUUGAUACCAAGAGUUCAAUAUUGAGCAUAAGAAACCCAAUUGUUGACGAAAGACAACAGAUCCGUCUGGAGCCAUACAUGGAUUCAUUUCCGUUUCCGUAUUACGUCAUAAUCAGGGAUGUGACGAAUAUUCCGCAGACGAUGGCCGACGCUCUCAGACAGUGGUUUGAACUGGUCGGCCAAAAGUGA